CCCGCCCUGCGUCCAGAGCAUCUUCCCCGCCGCGCAGGGCCCGCUUCCCCAGCUUCCGCCUCCUCCAGAGCGCCCCCCCUCAAAUCGGGGGGAGCUCAGGAAGCGUUGUGAUAAAAUUCCCUCUCCUGUGAGGACUUGCUGUUUCAGAGGAUGAGAAGUUUGGACUUGAGGCGCGCCGAAGCUGCCCCAGUAGGCCCGUGAACACAGCGAAGCUUCCGAAGCCGGAGCACGCUUCCACAAUCAGGACUUUAUGAAUACAAAAUCUUUGGUGGUCUUGCUGACUGUCCACCAGACCUGUGUGCAGAUGUCUAUAUGGAUUUAGAUUUUAGAAAACAAUGGGAUCAGUACGUUAAAGAACUGUAUGAGCAAACUCAUGAUGGUGAAAAAAUAAUCUAUUGGGAAGUGAAGUACCCUUUUCCUCUCUCAAACAGGGAUUAUGUCUAUAUUCGUGAAUGUCGAGUGAUGGAUGUUGAUGGGCGGAAGAUCUGGGUUGUGUUAGCUCGAAGUGUGUGUGUUCCUCAGUGCCCAGAAAAGCCUGGUAUUAUCAGAGUUACAAGCUAUAAACAAAGUCUCGCAAUUGAAAGUGAUGGCAAGACUGGAUCUAAAGUCUAUAUGUACUAUUUUGAUAAUCCUGGUGGCAUGAUUCCAUCGUGGCUGGUCAACUGGGCUGCCAAGAGUGGUGUGCCUACUUUCUUGAAGGACAUGCAAAGAGCUUGCCAUAAUUAUUCCAAGAGCACAUAGGCCACAUCAAGUUGAUCUGAAUGGUUUGAUUUCUAGAAUUAUGCACUUACAGGAAUGGCUGUCAUACAACACACUGGAUAAAACCUACCUCUAACACUGGAGAUAGUUUUAUUUUAGUUGCCUUAUGCCUUGAAUUUUAUUAGGCUUCUGUUUCCAUCUUGAAUUGAAGAGCUAGCUAUCAACAAGGUAGUACUAAAGUCAGCUGCCUCCUUUUCGAACUACUUGGUUUCUGUCUUGACCCCAUAUUUUAUGCCGAUUGUAUGUAGGUCAGCUAGAGGAAUUCGGUUCAUACAAUACUACAUCAUCCUCAGAGAGGAGGUGCCAAUGACAUUGCUAGGAAAAAAAAAGUCUCAACCUGUCCUGAGAAUUCUGUGCAUGUAUUAUGCCUGCCUCUGCCUUGUGUGGCUUCCUACUGAAAUUAAGUAAUGGAACUUGCAUUGUCUGCAUGGAAACAUGUUUGUUACCUGAACUGGUCAUUCUUAAAUUAUCUGCCUGCCAAAAAUCUAAGCAAUUGCAAAUAGAUAGAGAACACAUAGGUAAAUAACUUGAAGUCUGCAGUGGGAACUGCAACUCUGUAUUACUAACCUUCCUAGUGAUGGCUGUAAGUCUAUAUAUAAGAGGAUAUGUGCCUAAGGCCUUUCAUUGGCAUCACAAUGCCUCUGUGAGAGUUAUUUUCCAUGUCUGAUUUAAUGAAAACAAGUUAUAUCUUCAGACCAAGUAACCUUACUUAUAAGGCAGCUUAGAUACCAACUUUGAAUCAGAAGUGCUUCUAAGCUGGAUGCCUUCAAUUAAUUUAGACUUUGUUUCACUCGCUUGUGAAUGAACUUGAUGUGAAACUUGGGGUUCCUUACACUUUUAAAUAUCAUGCUGAUGUAAAGUUUGGAACUGUAUUUCUUGGCUGAUAAUCUACCAAAAGUACAGCUGAGCAGGAAAUAAAAUUUGUAGCACCUUUGGGUGGAGAAUUGAGUGCAUCAAGGGUGAGAAGGCCUCAGUCUCAGGGAUUUAAAACAUUCUGCAUCUUUGCUAAAUCUAAUCCUGCUGCUUCUCGUAACUGGAUAGCUGUAUCUUCUUAAAAAAUAAAUGGUCGAAAUGAUUGCCUUUAUAUGCUGUGUAAAUACUUGUUUAAAUUAAAUUAUUAUUCUAUCCAUA